AUGGUGUCCUACAAACAAAUCGAAGCCUCCAACGCGCUCCUCAACGACGCGACCGCCCCCCGCGUCUCCGUCUUCGUCGGCGGCACCUCGGGCAUCGGCCAGCUCACGGUGCGCGCCCUCGUCGCCACGGGCGCGAGCCUGCGCAUCUACCUCGUCGGGCGCAAGGCCUCCGAGCAGCGCACGCGCGCCUUCAUCCAGGAGCUGCGCGCCGUCAACCCCCGGGCGGACAUCGUCUGGACUGAGGCCGAGGUCGCGCUCUUGUCCGACACGAAGCGCGUGUGCGAGGUCAUCAGGACAAAAGAGCAGCGCGUCGAUUUGUUAUUUUUGACCGCGGGCUACGCGCCCAUGGGCGCGCGUCGGGAGACGGAGGAGGGGCUCGAGGUCGCGCAGAGCCUGGAGCACUACUCGCGCAUCCUGUUUGUGCGGCUCCUGCUGCCCGUGCUGGGCGCGGCGGCGGCGCCGCGGGUCGUCAGCGUGUUGGGCGGUGGGCUGGAGCGCGCAAGUAGUGUCAACGUGGAUGAUUUGGAUUUGAAGAAGCCUGGGAACUUUACUUUUAUCAGGGCGCAGACGCAGUAUGUCGCCAUGCACACGCUGGCGCUGGAGAGGCUGGCGGGCGAGAAUCCCGACGUCACGUUCGUGCACUCCUGGCCCGGGUCGGUCAACACGGGGAAUGUGUGGCGGGGGUUGCAGGGCCAGGACCCGAACUCGUGGAUGGCCUGGUUCGUCUGGCUCGUGCUCGAGCCGGUUAUUCGUCUUGUUGGUCUUCUUUCGUCUAGCGACGAGGAGGCGGGACCGAGGCAUCUGUUCCAGAGCACCAGCGCUGCGUUUGGCGGCCGCGGCGUGCCGUGGGAGGGCAAGCCGGGCGUGAAUUCGCUGGGGAAGCCGGAAGAUGGACUGUUUCUCGUCAAUUAUAAGUGCGAUACUACUCCGAAUGUGAAGGCCAUGCAUGUACUUCGGGAGAAGGCGCUCGAGAAGGUUUGGGACCAUACGCAGGAGGUUCUUCGGCCGUAUCUGUAG